UAUCAAUCUGUGUAUAUAUACAGUCUGGCAUGGGAUUUAUAGACUCAUUGGUUCAUUUUACUUCUUCUUCUUCUUCUUCACUGCCUCAUUGAUUUUUAACUUUAAAGAAUAUCUGCAGGAGUUUCAAAGAGAGACCAACAUGGAAGAUCGUUGUUUAAUCAAGAACGAUGUGACUGAAUUGAUCGGUAACACACCAAUGGUGUAUCUCAACAAAAUUGCUGACGGUUGCGUGGCCCGUAUUGCAGCCAAGCUUGAGACGAUGGAGCCUUGCUCUAGCAUAAAAGACAGAAUCGCUUAUAGUAUGAUCAAAGAUGCAGAAGACAAAGGAUUGAUUACACCUGGAGAGAGUACAUUGAUUGAGCCAACAGCUGGUAACACCGGUAUCGGUUUAGCGUGCAUUGGUGCUGCAAGAGGCUAUAAAGUGAGUAUUUUGAUGUCCUCGGCUAUGAGCUUAGAGAGGAGAAUCAUUCUAAGAGCAUUAGGUGCAGAGCUACAUCUCACUGAUAGGAGCAUUGGCCUUAAAGGAAUGCUGGAGAAAAGUGAAGAGAUAUUAAGCAAAACUCCUGGUGGUUUCGUUCCACAACAGUUUGAAAAUCCUGCAAACCCUGAGAUUCAUUACCGAACCACCGGUCCGGAGAUAUGGAGAGAUUCAGCAGGGAAAGUGGAUAUAUUUGUUGCUGGUGUUGGAACUGGUGGAACGGUUACUGGAGUAGGGAAGUUCCUCAAGGAGAUGAAUAAAGACAUUAAGGUUUGUGCGGUGGAACCUACAGAAAGUCCUGUACUCAGCGGAGGAGAACCAGGUCCACAUUUGAUCCAGGGAAUUGGUGCUGGUAUCAUCCCAACAAAUUUGGAUUUAAGCAUUGUUGAUGAAAUCAUUCAAGUGGCAGGUGAGGAAGCCAUUGAAACAGCCAAACUUAUUGCUCUCAGAGAAGGAUUGUUGGUCGGAAUCUCAUCUGGAGCAACAGCAGCUGCUGCGUUAAAGGUUGCAAAGCGUCCAGAGAACGCAGGGAAACUCAUUGUGGUGAUAUUUGGCAGUGGAGGAGAACGUUAUUUAUCGACCAAACUGUUUGAUUCUGUCAGAUACGAAGCAGAGAAUUUGCCGAUUGAAUGAGAAGCUAAAGCAGAUUACUAUGUGAUUAAAAAUAACAAAGGCAACCUUUGUGAUUUCGUUUAGAAAUGUGUGUUCAGUGUGAAAACAACCAAAAAAAUGUUAAGCAUUACACAACACCCAUUGGAACCUAAAAAAACCGUUUAGUUUCUUC